CAAGAUUCCCAUACGUAUUCAUCCGUGUCCUCUCAAGCUCAAUAGAAUAUGUUUUUGUUGAAACUGAGCGCUUUGAAAACUUGUUUUGUCAUUUCUGCAACACGUAGACUACUUAUUUAGGGUCAGGAAUUACAGGAAGCACUUGUUGAAACGUGACAGCUCACAGCACGUAGGUGAUAAAAGUAAGCACUUUAAUGGAGGGCAGAGGGGGGCUAACAAAGAUCAACUCACUUUGGAAAAUGAAAAUAAUGAACCAAUAAAUCUGUAAUAACUGAUGACGACAGGAACAACUAUCAAUCUACGACGUUUCGCCUCUCAACCUCUAACGGGAAGGAUCAAGUUUUGGAGUUCAUAAUAUACCAGGACCUAACAAUUUGUAAAUUGUAAAUGUUAUAUGUUAUGCUGUUCUUUUAGAUAUUUUGGCAAUUGCCGUUACCGGGAACACGGAAAAAUUGUUUGUCUGCUUUGAAGUUCUCCCCAUGACAUAAUGCCUCCCGCUAGUAAGCAACUCAGUAACAAGAAUACUCUCUAUAGCUUCGAAUUUCUCGCGCGUAACUUUUCACUAGUACUGCUAGUUAACCGAAGUACCCGUGGACAUAUUGUAGCUAGUUAUCGAUUAUUUACUACCUGGUUCGGUUGAAAUACUCUUCGUUACUUUGAAAAGGGUUUGUCAAUUGUUUACGACGGUACUUUUCCCUCACGAGUUGACUUUUUGGUAGUGAGAUCGACUCAGCACAUGAGAAUGCUAUACUUAAUUUGUGAACUAACUGGAGGAACAGAAAGCUGAUUUACUCAAAGUCCCAGACCCCUGGCCAUAGACUUUUUUAACUCGCACUUCCCAUUCACCACUAGCGAAUGUUUCUGUCUGUAUAAAAUUGUGCUUUUAUCAACCAUGUCAAGGUCAAAUACAGAGACAGGCAAUUUCUGCUCACGAAAACAAAACUCAUUAGAGCAAGCAAGAUGGAAUCAUGAGUUAUUUUUAAUCGCUUUGCUUCUUGUAAUGGAUUUCUUUCUGUAAACGUUCUGGAUUUAUAUUUUGACAUGGUAAUGAGUCACGAUAAGUGUCAAACAAAGGAAUAUAAUAACUGAUUGAGUACUUCCCCAAUACAUUGUAUUCUGCAUGCUAGAAUAACAAGACCAAGGUUUUGUUGCUGUCUCUGUUUUUUCAGGGAUUUUGCCUCUGUUCCAUCUUCCUCAUUAUUAUGGUGAUGCAAUUUCAUGUGUUCCAUUUCAACUUAAAACAAAGCACUCACAAAUGUUUAUGUUGGAUACAAUGGUAUAAAAUUUCCAAGCUUAUAACCAAGUGAAUCCUUGCAACAAUCAUGCAAGAAGAAUGAAACGUUAUGUGCUUGUUUCAAAAGAGAAGAAGGACUUUGCUAACCGUUUGGCUUGGAAAUUACUUCGCCAUCAGCUUAUUGCUGCUCUUUGCCGUCUGUGACUCAGUCAUCUCAACCCAGGCAGAACAUUUUACCAUGGGUAUAAAUGAAAAGGGAACUAACUUUGAUGAAGACAUCGAAAUUGACGAAGAAAAGGACGCGGUCAUAUUUCGCGUUCCUGCUCAUAAUAAUGUUGUCAGUGCAAGCUUCUUGAUUGACUUCAAGCUGGGCUUGACAAUUACACGCAUCCCUACAAGGAAAGAGUGUCACGUUUCGAAAAUGGAUCCUGGCUUUUCAAGCCUUGGGAAGGUCCGAAAAGAUCUUGUUCAGGCGUCUUUGCAGCCGGAUCCACUUCCCGUAAUCACAAAGAGACAUCUUGUGAAGGUGACAGGUGCCGCAGACAGACAACUGCUCACAAAAGAGAUCCUGGACUUUUGCGGAGUGUUUCCAAUUUAUAACAUUAAACAAUUUGAAAUCAAUGAGAAUGAAACAGAUGGGUCUUUUAUAUCGCAUCGCGUCACAAGGCAAGUCAUAUCAGAUGCUGACUUCGUACCUUGCAAGAAGGAUUUUGUUUUAAAAUAUGUCGAAAAUUGCAUGAAGGAAAAAUGGGAUCUGAAUUGUAAGAUGCAAUCGGAUGCUUGCUUCUACAGGGUCCGCUGUAAAAAUUUAAUGCCCCGAGUGGAUGAUUGGAAGUGUGAGAAGGAACAUCUUUCAAACACUUAUCCAAUCUGCUGUGAUUUGAUUUGUCCUUUACCAACACCUUGAAAUGAAACGGAAGGCCAAAACGUUGUUCCAUUCUAUAAAUGUUUGAUUUGUUAGUAUGUCCCUCUCUUUCAUUGAAAAAUUGCGACAGACUGAUUGCUGAUUUUAGUACAAUUUGAUCAACCGUCCUAAAUGUAUCUUUAAUUACAUGCCCAUUUAUCACUAUUGUUAGUCGAUCAUAUUGGUUUUUUUGUUCAACGGUUAUGAAAUCUGACUGUCACAUACUUUAGUUGAUGAGUUAUAUCGAGGCAAGUUUUCUGGAGACGAGUAUGAUUAUCGAACGUCAUUGUAGUUAGCUUGUGUGAGUGAAAUAAUCUCCAUUUCAGAAGAAUUCAAAUAAAGAUUUUAAUGGUG